AUGAGGAACCUUCUGAUCGAUCAGAUCCGCGAAGAUGGGUUCGCCGUGAUCGAUGACUUUCUGACAGCGGACGAGAUACAAGAUCUGUUAAAGAAUGGCCAGAACCUCCACAAGGAUGCACCGAAGGAGGAGCGGAAAGUGUUCAGCGCGAACGCGGACGGCAAAUCGGCCCAAAGCCGGGAGCAGUAUUUCCUCGACAGUGCGGACAAGGUGCGAUAUUUCUUCGAGGAAGGUGCCGUCGGUGAAAACGGUGAGCUGCUGGUCGAUCCAUCGAUUGCGCUGAACAAGGUGGGACAUGCCCUGCACACGGAACAUCCAGCAUUCGAGGAGAUCACGUUUUCGAACCGCGUGAAGGAAGUAUGCUGGCAGCUGGGAUUCCGACGACCGGCCGUCGCGCAGAGCAUGUACAUCUUCAAAAAUCCGGGCAUUGGCGGGGAGGUAAAGUCACAUCAGGACGCCACCUACCUCUACACGGAACCGAGCACAACGAUCGGUUUCUGGAUACCGCUCGAGGAUGCCACACUGCAGAACGGGUGUCUGCACUUUAUCAAAGGUUCCCACAAAAGCGGUGUCCACCGGCGAUGGAUCCGCAAUCCGGACAAAAAUGCCGACGAACUGCUCGUCUACGAUCGACCGGCACCGCUCUACCCGCAGUCCAACUUUGUCGCCGUACCGGUAAAGGCCGGUUCAUGCGUCCUCAUCCACAGCCAGGUCGUGCACCGGAGCGAGGCAAACAAAUCCGAACGUAGCCGGCACGCGUACACCUUCCACGUGAUCGAAACCGAAGACUGUGACUAUUCCAAAGAAAACUGGCUCCAACCGGCGGAGGAUCGCGCAUUUCCGGUGCUGUACGAACGUAAAUAG